UUGACUGUACACACACACAAACACAUACACACACAGAGCGAGAGCGGCGGCGUCAAAUGAAGACCUCCAUCAGGACAUUUCUGCACACUCCGCCGUUAAAAUAAGCAUCCGAAACGCACGUCCUCACCUCAGCAGCUCAACCAGCCGCAGACCUUACCGGAUGUGAAAAACGGAGCGGGACAGAGCGCACACACAUACAUACACGGGGAGAAAGAGUGAGAUAGAAAUGGGCGACAGCCGCAGGAAUGGAGAGAGCCGAAUAUUGACAGGCGACCGAUGAUGAUGAUGAUGAAGAUGAUGAAGAGUGAGAAGUGAAGGUCUCAUUCUGACGGUCUGCAUCUCUUCAGUCACGGCCAUCUCGCUGUUUAACCCCAUCCUGUCCAGAGAUGAUGAAAGCAUUGUCCUCGCUGCGGUCCCUUGUGUGGUGUCACUGGGCCAUGGUUCGCAAGAAAGGAUCUCUUAUUUUGUGCGGAGCUUUUCUGUUUGUCGCCUGGAACGCCUUGCUCCUCCUCUUCUUAUGGGGGAGGCCUCCUAUUGGGCGACUUGGGGAGGGAGGAGGAGCCGAACCAGGGGCCGGAGAAGAGUGGGGAGCAGGAAAGGCAAAAGUGGGUGGAGCUAACGGACUGGCCGGUGAAGUGAUCAGAUUGGCUGAAGAAGUAGAAUCAGAACUGGAGACUCAGAAGAAGCUCCUCAAACAAAUUCAGAGCCACAGAGAACUAUGGGAACAGCGGAAGGAAUUGGAAAAGAGAGAAUCGGAGGACACGAAGAAUGAAAAGAUCGACGUGGAGCCUAAAAAGCCUCAUCAGAUUCCUGCAGUACAUCUAAGUCGUAAAGUUGUAGAAGAUGCAGAAACUGUUACAAAAAAAACACAGACUUUAAUUGUUACGUCACCUCAGCUGGUCAUGAAGGAGCAGGAAACGGACCAAAAGAACAAGCAAAUGGUGGAAGAUCAAGUAGGCCUUACUACAACAAGCCCUCAAAUCAUUAUCCCGAUUCUUGUCAUUGCCUGUGACAGAGUAACAGUGAAGAGGAGUUUGGAUAGGUUGAUACAGUAUCGUCCUUCUGCCGAGCUUUACCCAAUUAUUGUCAGUCAGGACUGUGGUCAUGCUGAUACGGCCAGGAUGAUUGGCUCCUAUGGCAGUCAAAUAACCCACAUUAGCCAACCGGAACUUGCGGACAUUCCAGUACGACCCGAUCACAGGAAGUUCCAGGGUUACUACAAGAUCGCCAGGCACUACCGCUGGGCCCUGAACCAAGUGUUUAAUGUCUUUGCCUACUCCACAGUGGUCAUUGUGGAGGAUGACCUGGAGGUUGCCCCUGACUUUUUUGAGUAUUUCCGUGCGCUGUACCCCAUCUUGCGAUCGGAUCCAACUCUGUGGUGCAUAUCCGCUUGGAACGAUAAUGGACGGGAUGGUCUGGUUGACCCAGGCAAGGCUGAACUCCUUUACCGGACAGAUUUCUUUCCCGGUCUUGGAUGGAUGCUUUUGAAGGAAGUCUGGGCAGAGUUGGAGCCCAAGUGGCCCAAGGCGUUCUGGGACGACUGGAUGCGACACCCAGAGCAGCGGAAGAACCGCUCAUGCAUUCGCCCUGAGAUCUCCAGGACUAUAACCUUCGGCCGGAAAGGCGUCAGUUUGGGUCAGUUUUUUGACCAGUAUCUGCGCUACAUCAAACUCAAUACUGAAUUUGUGCCUUUCACGAAACGGGACUUGUCCUACUUGGUCAGGGAGAAGUACGACAUAUCCUUUGAAAAGGAUGUUUAUAGUGCCCCCUUGGUGAAGGUGGAGGAACUACAGCACGGCGGAAGCUUGAAAGGCUCGGGACCUUUUCAAGUUCAAUAUUCCAGCAGAGACAGUUUUAAAGUGCUGGCCCGCAAUUUAGGAGUUAUGGACGACUUGAAGUCAGGGGUACCCCGUGCCGGAUACAGGGGCGUAGUCAGCUUUAUUUCUCGAGGACGACGAAUCUAUCUGGCUCCCCCUGAGGGCUGGACUAAAUAUGACGUUAGCUGGAGCUGAGGAGAUCACAAAAGGAGAAAACGUACUAUUAUUACAAGUAACGGAGGAGAGAGAAACGCCCUCUCAAACCAAAGAAAACAAGAGACAGGGUGUGAAAGGGAGUAUAAAAUAACUGCUGUUUUGUGAUGGAGGAACACCCAGGAAUUCUGGGAACCGCACAAAAGGAAGUGCGUCGUAUUUUGCGCAGCAAUCAUGCAACAAUCUUCCCUCAGUGAAAACGGUAGUUAAGCUGCAAACAACUCCUAUGCAGAAUCACCUAUUCUGAUAUGGAGAAGAAUAAUCAGAUUCCUCUUUUUAUUAUUAUUAUUAUUAUUAUUUGAGCUUACUGAGCGUUGUGUGGGAUCAACAUCAAUGCAAAAGACCUUUUUAUUUUAUCCUGGAUGAAUCUCACGUAAAUAUGUGCGAGAAAUGGGCACCAUAUGCUGCAGAAUUUCAAAUCAGACUUGUUUUUUGGGACCAUUUUUAAUGAUAUUUCAAUAUGUGCAUUUUUACCCAAUUUUGAAUUAAUUUUCGUUUCUGUUUUGUUUGUUUACACCUUAUUACAGCGUCAUUCUUACAGUGUAACUAUACACUUAAAUGCUGAGUUAAUAUUAAUAAACUAAAUGUACUUAAUGAUUAGGGUUUGGUUAAGGGUUGGGAUGAAGGAUGGUUGUAUGUAAUUACUAGGGGUGUAAUGGAUCACGGUGGACCAACAGUUCGGAAUGCAUGUGACCCACGGAUUAAUAACUUUUUGAACUUGUAGGUUAAUCAAACAUUUAUAACAAUUGCAGAAAGAUCGCCUACAGAGUCAUUUAUAUCUUGUGUAUUAAAGCAUUUUGACUUCCCUGUAAAAUAUAAUGAUGACGGAAAAAGUUGUGGGACCUAAAUGCUUGCUUACAGUAGGUAAUUAAUUAAAGGUGUGUUCUGUCACUGUUUACUUAGACUGCAUUAAUGCAGUCAGUGUAAAGCUGCGCAAUUAAACCUUAAAAGAUCGUGAUCUCAAUUCAAACCCACGAAUGAUAAAUGAUAAAGAUUUGCAUAUGUUUGUUAAUUCUUCGAAGCGCUGCAUUUAAAUCUGCGUUUGAUCGAGAGUGAUUUAAGGCUCGUACACACAGGGACGCUUUUCGUUUGCGUUUAUCGUUAGCGUUUUUCAAGAAGUUUUUUCGCAAUCAAACCUAAGCGAUUUUCACAUGGAUGGGUCAAGCAUGGAUGGUUCAAGUAGCGGCUCUAGCGAUGAAGAAAUGAUUAUUGUUCACCAGUGCAAUACGCAGCUCCACGUUCAUAUCGCCUCUGAGCAUCUUCUUCAAUGUGCACUCGCAUUGAAAGUUUUGCGCUUGAGCGCCUCCAAGUGCUGUUUACUGUAACUUCAGCAGCUCCGUGCACAUGAACAUAAGUGCCAAUCUGAUUGGUGGAGAAGGACAAAAAUACGAGCAUGAGGCGUUUCUUUAAAAAUGACGAUUUUACGCCUGGCGUUUUGCGCAUUGGUGUGCGCGAUCACAUUGGCGCCCUUUAUUUAGUCACAAGGUGUUAAACGUCGACGGAAAACGCGAGCAAAAAGCCUCCUGGUGUGAACGGGCUUUAAGUUUUUACUUUUUCAGUUGGUUACAAACAUUUAAAUAACACAUAAGUACUACGAGAACAGCUUAUAGUUCAGAUAUAAACACUGAUGUUUAUGGUAAAGAUUAAAAUCACAGUAAUGGAACUUGAUGCUGGUGAACGUUGUAGCAGUUACAUUGUGUAACCAAUGGGUGGCGACAAACAACCAUCAAAAUAAUGUCACUGAAUGGGUUUUCAGAAAUGAUCCACCUGUAAUGAAACAUGAAUUUUUAUAUGUGAA